AUGCCUACGUCGUGGUACUCCUUCUCCUCAAAGCAUCGCCAAGAGCGCAAAGAGCGCAAGGCCCUCAAAGCCCUAUCCAGCUGCACAUCUACACCACAAAGCAGACAGCCCAUCACAGAGAUUCCCCACGAAAACCCACCACCCUACUCAGUCCGAAGCAUUGAAAUCCCCACCAUCGAAAUCAGCAGUCCCCAGACCGAGACCGAGCCCGAGGAAUCGCAAUAUGCCUUCCUCCGCGACUUCGACACCGUCUUCCUAGUCGACGACAGCUCCAGCAUGCAAGGCCCCCGAUGGCGCGAAGCAGCCGACGCCAUCGCCGCCAUCGCCCCAAUCUGCACCCAGUACGACAGCGACGGCAUCGACAUCUACUUCCUCAACCACCGCCGAUCAUCCCCCCCUCAAUCCGCCUGGCGCCAACCAACCUACCAGCCCGACCAAGACGGCUACCACCACAUCACGACCGCGCAACAAGUCCAAGCCAUAUUCCACUCCGUCCGACCCAGCGGCAGCACCAUGGUCGGAACGCGACUCUCAGACAUCCUAGAGCCAUACCUGUGUCGCGUGGAAGCCAUGCAUGCAGCGAAGAAGGCCCGCGGCUACGUGGACCCGGACGUGCGCGUCAAACCUAUUAAUAUUAUCACGAUCACGGAUGGCGAAUUCACAGAUGAUGCCGAAGGAGUAAUUGUGAAAACGGCCCGGAAGCUCGACGGCCCCACGUGUGAUGCGAUUCCGUGGCAGGUUGGGAUUCAAUUCUUCCAGAUUGGGAAUGAUGCGAGGGCGAGGGACUUUCUGCGGCAAUUGGAUGAUGAUCUGAAGGCGGGUCUGCAGAUGCGGGAUAUUGUGGAUACAGUUCCUUGGAUGCGGGAUGGGGUGUCGUUGAAUAGUGAGGGCAUUUUGAAGACGGUGUUGGGGGCUGUGAAUAAGAGGUUGGAUCGGCAGAGGGUUUGA